AACACGUACAGUAGAUCCUGUUGUUUUGGUGAGAACAGAGCGGUUGUUGAAGGUUAUCGAUACACAGCACAAACAGCAUUCAGUUGUGAUUUUUUUUAUUAAUAGGCUCAGUAGCUUUUUUGCUGCUUUUCUGAUCGAGUCGCUGAGAAAAGAGCGACUUGAUCCCCCCGACACAGAUCGUUUUGUAAAAUCAGGUCGAAAGGGAUGCCGCUGCAGAUAGACUCCGACGGACCCCAACUGUCUCUGGAUUUAAUCUCGUCGCAUUUAAUCGGGAAGAGCAGCUUCUCUAUAAACUUAAAGAGCCUCAGAACAUCUCCCGCUCGACCGAGUGUUUCUGUAAGAUACCAAAGCUCAAGUUCACGGUAUUAGUUUCGCGUUGAGGCGAAGACCGAAGAAUAAAUAUUCAAGCUAGCAGCUAGCGUUAGCUGGUAGAAAAAAAAACAAAGCGCGGAUCGUUAAUCCUCGUGAACCGCUUUGACAAAAGAGGUCAGUUUCUAACGGCGCAGUCGACUGCUACGAGGUUAAAGCUUUUUAUCUCUGCCUGUGUGGAAGAUAAUUUGUUGGUUGCCAUGAAGCUGUUGGAAAACUCCAGCUUUGAAGCCCUCAGCUCCCGGCUGUGUGUGGAAACAGGGGAGUCCCGUAUCCUCGGCAGGAUUGAGAGCUACUCCUGCAAGAUGGCAGGAGAUGAUAAACACAUGUUUAAGCAGUUCUGCCAGGAGGGGGAGCCACACGUCCUGGAAGCCCUUUCUCCCCCUCAGUCCACCAGCGCCACAAGCCCCUCUCAGCUGGGGAAGAGCAGCGAGGACGGUGAAAACCCUCUGAGCGACAAGGUCUGCAGGAAGACUCUGUUCUACCUCAUCACCACGCUCAACGAGUCCUUCAGGCCGGACUACGACUUCAGUGCCGCCCGGGCCCACGAGUUCAGCCGAGAGCCCAGCCUCAACUGGGUGGUGAACGCAGUGAACAGCAGCUUGUUCUCAUCGGUGGGAGAAGAGUUCAACUCUGUAGGACCCGAGCUGUGGAACGCCAUCGACCAGGAGAUCAACCUGCAGAGCUGUGACAUCUACAGCUACAACCCAGACCUUGAUUCUGAUCCUUUUGGUGAAGAGGGGAGCCUCUGGUCCUUCAACUACUUCUUUUACAACAAAAAACUGAAGAGGAUCGUGUUCUUCACGUGUCGCUCCGUCAGUGUUCUUAGUGGCUACGGCAGAGGUUGCCUCGACAACGAGCUGGACAUGGAGUUGGAGGACGAAGAAGAGAUGGACGGCUUCACCGAGGAAGGGUUCCCCAGAGCUCUGUGUGUGUAGAUCCUAGAUCUGCAACGUCCAAAGAUCACCCGUACCCGUACUCCUGUUGUUCUUUGUCCUUUUUUGUUUAAAAUCCAUGGGAGUUUUGCUGCCUCAUCCAAAGGCGUUUUGUUGUUUGGGACUGAAGCAUGUUUGGUCGCUUUCAGUCCAACGGCGAACUCUGCGGCCACAAAGUGGUGGACGUUUUAGUGAAGGCACCCCACCGCAACAAGAAGUUCCUUUUAUCACCCACAAUGUAUAAUUUUUGACCGGUGGGCUCUUCUCUACAUGUUUUGUUUCUCCCAAAGACUUUGUCAAGGGCGCUUGAGCAGAAGUGGAUUUAUGGCAGAGAAAGAUGCAAAAGACUGCCAGAGAGUUUGGUUUGUUCCUAAUAGACAGGGAAGUUCAGAUUACACCAGCACCAGUGACGACAAACAUUUAAGUCCAUCUCUGGACUGAGCUGAGUUGAUUGGAAGGCAGAGAGGCCUGAAUGGACAGCUGGCUUUGUGUCUUCAAUGUCUUUUUAUGUGUGAAAGUGAUGUUACUGUGAAAUGUUUGACAUCCUAAAAACCCUUUUUAUUACUGAAAUGUUAUCUUAUGGUAGGUAUUUACUGCAAGUUCUCAUCUGUACCUGUUCUGACACUGAGGGGUUUGCAUCUAGGCUGCAGCUUGGACAACAUAUCGGCUUUUAUUAGACGUUCACUGAUAUACACUUGUAAUAUUUUGGAUUGAGUUUAUUUUAACGCUCCAUUCCUCAGUGUGUGUUCCUGCUGUUUUUUUCAUUUGUUCAUUGCCUCAUUGCAGUGCUUCUUUAACAAGUGAAUGUGUAGUAAAUUUUUUAGAGUACAGGUUAGACAUUUCAAAAACUGCACGGCUACUUUUACGUUCAUUAAAAGACGGGAUGCGUCCGGUGUCCUUUUAAGACUACUGUGCCUUGUUUUGAUUGGCCAGUGGUACAGAUCCUAAUAAAUCGGUGUUUAUAUCCCAACAGCCUGAAUUUCUUCUCCCACAACAGAACUGGAACAAUGGAAGGUUUAGCCUCUAGAUUUAUCUGGGAAUGAAGUCAAAAGGUUAAUUAUACAGUAAAUAUUUAUUUUGAUUACUAUGGUUUACAGGUAAUGAACAUCUCCCAAUUGUUUUUUGUAUAUUUGUUUUAAUAGUAUAAAUGAAAUAUAAUUUAAACUGUUUAUGCAAUCAUAGUAAGUGCUUAAUAUUAAACCAUAAAAAGUCAUAACAUAAUGAAGCGGACCGUGAUAUCUUGGCAUGUUAAUUUAAAGUUUAGUGGAAGGAAACAAUAACUUGCAUUGCAUAAUCUUCUAGUCUUGUAAGAAACUAGUUUGGGGUUUUUAUGAGAAUCUCUAAAAUGACCUGUAAUAGUUUUUGAAUGUAAUUUUAAAUAAUAUGCACCUCUGUGUUGCAAAUAGUGCAUAAAAUAUUAUUCACUGAUAUUUUGAGAAAAUGUUCUCAAUGUUAAGGUACUAAUAUAUUCAGGCUGUUGGAAUGUCACUGGAGUAGAUUCACACACCUGACAGAGGAUGGUGCACAGAACAAUGAAAGUGUUAAGUAUUGUGGCAUGAAAGAUGUGGGUGAAACAGCCAACCCAACAAAUCUCAUCGCACCACUGAUUCAGUUGUUUUUACCUCAACAGCUGCUUGUAAAAAUUAAUGAUGAAUCCCUGGGAAUAAGCCAGGUUGGAUCAUAUUUUAUAGAUGCAUCAUUUGACAUCUCUAUCAGCUACAUGGAUGAAGUAGGUGUUUAUCACACAUGCUGGUGGAGCUGAGCAAAACUGUUUUGAUUUUGGCAUUUUCCAACUCUGGGUAGUUUUGAGAAAAGGUUAUUCCCAGACUUUAUUCCUUAAAAUAUGCUUUUUGUUUAAUCUCUUCCCUCCUUUUCCAUCCUGCCCACAUCUUUUCCCUACAAUUCCUUGUGUCCUACCUCUUUGUACUCUAGUUUCUAGUGCACCUCCAUAUGUAAAGUGUACCCACCUUAGAAAUAUCUGCCAUUAAACUCUGUACUUCAA